AUGAAGAUUAUUAUCGUUGGUGGUGGUAUUGCAGGGUGCGCGGCUUACCUGGAGUUGCAAAAGCAUCUUCCGAAACCUGCCGGUUCUGACGACCAUCAGAUCGUGAUCUAUGAAGCUUACAACACGGACCUUGAUGUCACAGCGGAUCAGAGAGCGGAAGAGCAUACCCAUUCAUCGACGCUUCUUGUCGGUGGUGGACUAGGUAUUGCCCCCAACGGCUUGAACGUACUAAAGCGUCUCGAUGAGGAUUUGUUGAAAGAUAUCGUACGAGGGGGAUACGUUACAGCCACUUCUAACAUGAAGAACAAGAAUGGCUGGCCACUAUUCAGCAUGAGUAGCGCAUGUACAGACAAUGAAACCGAGAACCCUAGGAACCUGCACAUGGUUGCCACUAGCCGUCAUGCUUUUUGGCGAGCAUUGCGUGUGCGGGUUCCAUCAGAACAUAUUAUCAACAAGAGAAUAUGUGGAGUCGUGGCCCAGUCUGAUGCAAAAAAUUUGAUUCAUUUCGCGGAUGGAAGUUCUUCUGUGGAAGCGGAUUUGGUGAUCGGUGCCGAUGGUGUUCGGAGUACGGCGAGGCGUGCACUUUUUCCAAAUGCCAAAGAAGACCCAUAUCCACCCAAUUAUGAGGGUCUGGUUGGUGUCGGUGGAUUCAUACCUUCAGAAGAAGUCAAAGGGCUAGUGGAACCAGGAUCCAUGAACUUUAUCUUCGGCGGGAACGGGUUCUUUGGAUACUUUUUCUCUGAAAGUGACAAGCAAGCUAAGAAUCGGGAUUCCCCAUACAAUGUAUCUGAGCCAGGCGAAUCGCUCGCGUGGUGGUCAACCUACGAGAUCGAAAAAUGCCCUGAUCGCGAAACACUUGACAUGGCCGACGUGACCCAGCAGUUACGCAAAAGACAUGCAACGUGGAAAGAGCCUGUCGUUCAAAAGGUUCUUCAGUCUCUCAGUGUUCAAAACUUGUACCCAACAUGGACUUCGCCUGCUCUUGCAACAUGGCAACGUGAUGGGGUUGUUCUCGUAGGAGAUGCGGCACAUGCACUCCCCCCAAGCUCUGGCCAGGGCUCCUCACAGGCAUUGGAGGAUGUGGAGGCUUUGGCUCUAUUUUUAGCACAUUACAUGCGCAAGGGCGGUGCUGUGAAGGAUACGGCAGAGGUCCGGAAGAAAGCAAUUAACGCAGCCGCGAAAUCGUACAUGGCCCUUCGUCAACCACACGUGAAGGCAAUUUCGGACUUUGCGAAAAAUACGCAAGAGAGCAAGCGUCAAAUGGGAAUCAUCAAAGAGUAUUCGAUGUACGCUUUUAUGAAACUCAUGGGCAAGUCCUUCUACCAAUCCUUUUCUCAAUUUUAA